AUGAAAGCCUAUGCUAUUGCACUGAUUGCUUGCGCCUCUGCAAUUGGCGCCAUUCUACUAAUUUACGUAUUAACUUGCCUUCGCGGCAGUGGUCGUAAGAGGAGGCAAACAAACCGCCCUCAGGUAGCCAGCACGGUAGGCUCUACGCCUUCGUCGAGUUACUAUGUUUCCCGUGAUGUUGAACGAGGCGGAGGUACCGGCGGCAAUGACGCUAAAGACGGUGGCAUGGUCUUUUUGGUGGGUGCAGGCGCCGCUUUAGACAUCGCGGGCGGUGGUAAUGAUGGUGGCACAGGUGGCGAUGGGGGUGGUGGUGGUGAUUGCGGAGGCUGUGGGGGCGGCUGUGGUGGUGGGUGCGGGGGUGGCUGCUGA